AUGACAGCCCGCCAGCGACGACCCUCCAGCGACAACCCUCUUCAACGAUCCUCGCCGGACGACCCUCAAGCUACAACCUUCCAGCGACACCCUCCAAUCAACAACCCUCCAGCGACAAAGCCUGCAGCGGAGCCCUCCAGAGACAGCCUUCAAGCGACACCCCUCCAGAGGCAAGCCCCAACCACCAAAACUCCAGCGAGAACCCUCCAGCAAGAAUCCUCCAACGACAGCCCGCCAGCGACGACCCCCCAGCAAGAACACUCCAGCGAUAGCCAUACGUCGACAGCCAUACGUCGACAGCCUCCAGCGACAACCUCCAACCGGCAACUCUCCAAUCGACAACACUCCAGCGACAGCCAUACGUCAACAGCCUCCAUCGAACUCAGGUCCACUCAUGAUCUUGUCGUCUGGCUUCCUGUCUCUCAGUUCACCGCCACGCACAGCUCGACGGGAGCCAGCACUUGGCCCUUGAUCCAAUGCAGGUAA